UCUGAUGAGGAUGCAGCGUAAGAGAUUUGCCCCGGAACAAUUUGCCUUCAAGAGAAAUAGGAGGUGUUUAGUCUUCUUAAGCUUACCCGACGUGUUCUCGGGCUGGGCUGACCACUCUUCAGACUGUGAACAAGCGAGGAAGGGAAACAUCAAAAAGUUCAAUGAGGCGAAAUAAAAAAAGAGAACCUUGGAGAAGACAGCCAUGCCAAUAACACAGCACCCAGGUACCUCAGCAGGAGCUAACAAUCAUUUUGUGAACGAUGUGAUUUGAGUUUUCACUUGACCAACCUGCUGCUCCAUCCUAGGAUCCUGCAUGCAGCGUGAUUUGCUUUGAAUGGGAAUGACCUGAGGACCAAAUUCUUAGUAGAAUUAUUGAAGUACAAGGACAAUGAAUCCAAAGACAACAUUCCAGAAGAAAUACAAGAAAUUAUUAGGCACAUCGGAUAGAUAUGAUUUUAUUUGUAAUGAUACUCAACUUAUUAUCCUAAUUAAUUUUAUUGCCUUUUAGGUUCGUAGUAUCGUUAGGAACAUUUGCCAACAUAUAUUUUAGUUAUAUGUUGCAAAUAUGAAGGCAGUUCAGAUUUCUGUACUUUCAAAGAUGCAUUGGUGUUUUAGAAGCUUCAGCUUAUCCUACUGUAGUAUUGUGCUUAAAAGACUCCUAUGGGUUUCCAUCUUUUUAUUGGAAACGAAGUACCAUACUAUUGUACUGUACAGUGACUUAGAGGUAUGGAGGGAUAGGGCUCAUCGCACCUUCUACCUCGGGGUCGGCGUCGCGUUCCCGAAGCCAACACUACUCCCCAGCCCCUCCGGGAGGUGUGACUCCACCUCCUGCCCGGUUCGCUGGGAUCAACCGCGGGCGCGUUUACCGCUCCUGCAAAGUAAGAAGGCUUAUCUUCUUAUCGAUUUCUCUGACCAUCUCCAAAUAAGUGUCUACGUCCUAGGUGCUGUUUUUCUUCAGCUCUGCCAAGUUUUGCAACUUGCAGAACAUCCAGUUGUUCAGAAACUUGUAGAUCCCAGUCUUUUCAUCCAUCGUUUUACAAAACUUUUGCUGGGAUUGGGAAGAAGAAAUAAUGAUGUCUCGGACACAGCUUUACGCAUUGUAGCUAGCAUGAAGAGAGAUUGGAUGCAGACUAGGAGGAAGCCAAGCGGAUUAUGUGGUGCAGCAUUAUACAUUGCUGCACUCUCUCAUGGGUGUAAUUACACCAAGGCAGAUAUUGUCUCUGUUGUGCAUGUGUGUGAGGCCACUCUAACGAAGCGAUUGAUAGAGUUCGAAAAUACAGAUUCUGGCAGCUUAACCAUUGAAGAAUUUCUGGCAACAGCUGAUGAAUCUAAUGAAGAGCCUGUUUCAAAACAUUCGCCCAAGUCUGGAGAAAUUAUCUGCAAACACAAGGAUAAAGGUUUUGAGCAUUUUGCUCAUGGACUUUGUGAAAAAUGCUACAAUAAGUUCACUAAACUGUCGGGUGGACUAGAAGGUGGUUCUGUCCCUCCAGCAUUCCAACGAGCUGAAAAGAAAAGACUUGAAGCUGCUAAAAGGGCUGAAGAAGCUGCAGCAGCUAAGGAGGCAGCGCUGGAAGAAUCUCUUUGCGACACACAGAAUUCUGAGGUUGAGAGUGCCAUGACUCCUAGAAAGGGUUUAAGUGGAGAUAAAUCUUCGAAAAUGGGAUCAGAGGGACUCAUAAAUGACUCUAUGCCACCCAAGGAUCCUGAAGAGGGAGGUGAAAAUUGUGAAGGCAAUGCAGAUCCAGAAAGCCUUUCUGACAUUGACGAUGCAGAGGUUGAUGGGUACCUUCACAAUGAGGAAGAAACACAAUAUAAAAAGAUUAUCUGGGAGGAAAUGAACAAAGAGUACCUUGAGGAACAAGCAGACAAGGAAGCUUUGGCAGCUGAAUUGGCAGCUAGAGGGAUUGAUCCAGAAGCGGGAAAGAAAAAACGAAAACGUAAUGAAGGCACGAAGAGCUCGACACCUGCUGAAACACCAGCAGAAGCCACGUGCAACAUGCUGAAACGGAAGGGACUUGGUUCAAAGAUCAAUGUGGGAGCUGUUGACGAAUUGUACAAGGAAGCGUUAGUGACAGGUGAUACAUGCAGUGGGAUGUAUGAAAAUCGGAAAAAUAUUUUGUUCUCUGUGUUGAACAAUCAAAAUUGCGUUUGUGGAGCAUUUACAUUCUUGAAUUAGAGGCAAAGCAUGCUGUACGAACAGAUCAUGAAAUUGCAAGGGGAGCAACUGGCAUUGUUCGGUUGAGGGGUCGCCGUAGCUACAAAAAUCAAUUUUGUGUUCUUCACAGCAUGUUGUUGACUUGUAUUAAGUUGCAUUUAAUGUUAUCUGUCAAGUUGCAUAAUUUAAAUAUGCCUGAAAGGAUGAAGGGCCCACUACCCGAUCAGAAUUAGGAAGAGGCCUGCUGCUGCUGCUGCUGCUUUUAGGUGGUUUUGGAAGAGCUUGGUUGUUUGGAUUUCUGUUGGACUGUGGUACGAUAGCCGCCUUAGGUGAAAUAGUGCAACUACUUGAUUGGCAUGAUGUCUUCUUCAUUCUCUAUUUAGGUACCAGCUCAACCACUGUGUGCUCUCGUCCUUAUGAGGACUCUAAUCACCAGGAACAAGCUAUAGCUAUGUAAUUCUUGUUGUGGCUUUGUUUGUGUCAUCUACCUGUGUACGCUUGUACACAUAAAACCAUUUAUUUUAUAUAAACCAUAUAAAUAUACAUGCUGUUUUUCAUGCCAUCAAUAACAAAAACAAAGCCUUUUAGUCCCAAGCAAGUUGGGGCCGUCUUUCAUGCUAUAUGCUGCCAAAUGAUGCUGAAUUGCUGAUUAACUAGGAUCAGAGAGUACUGAGCUUAUUCUUGUGGUCAGUUAGCUAAAGCUUGGUUGGACUUCUUGGGAACCAACUUCAACUCUUUCUUUUGGGCAAUCAAAUCCUUUUCUUUUGCACAGAAUAGAUUGUAAUGGUAGUUAACUGUAGUUACUGCAUUGGAUUCCAAGUGAAUCUGAUUGCUGAUUUACUUGAUACACUCCACCAGAGGUAUCAUGCAUGGUGACAUGCAUAAGAAAAUAUGGGGAUUUUUUUGGCAGAGAUCAUGUAGCAUUAGUUGCUCUAUAUGUCUAUAGUCAUGUUAUGUACUUGCUCCUUGAGUUUAAGUAACAUAAAUCAGGGCACGUCUGCCAUACUGUGAGUUCAGGGUAUUUAAACUCAAAGUCUCAUACUGAGCAGAAUAUCUUGGACAGUAAUUCAGCAACUGAUUAACCCUUCAUUUAAAUGGCAUCUAAGAGAGCUUUAACAAGUAUCACUGAAUUAUCAACACAUGAUGCACAAACUGAUGUUCUGAUUUAUGACGUCCUUUUUCCUCAUUUCCUGAUACUACCUAUAUAACAUCAUCAAUUAGCCACUAAAAUUAGUUGAGACAUCCAAACACCCCUAGCUAAUAGUUCAUCUAUUAGCUAUUUUUAGUAAAUUAGUUAAUAGUUAGGUAGUUAUUUGUUAGCUAGCUAAUUCCACUAAUAAUUUUUAGCCAACUAACUAUUAGUUUUAGUGCAUUCAAACACCCCCAUAGUCUGCAAUGGCAUGUCAAUGCCUCGCUGCCAGUGGCAACCUCACAAUCUGUAGAUGGUCAUUGUCUUUGCUCAAUAAGGAAAAAAGUUUCUUACUGUCAUGGGAAAUUGGUGUUUUGUGUAAAGCUUGUUAGAAAACAGGGUUGUGCCAGUGACCCAGGUUACAAAAGGCAAGCAAAUGUCAUGUAGAAUUUUGAUUUUCUCAACUCAUAGUCUUGCAGAACCAAUCAAACAGUACAAAUUUAUCUAUUCCCCAGCUUCGCUGGCCAUUUUGCCGAGAUUGAAAAUGCUAAAUAGUAAAUACAAUGCAAGGCAUCUGUUUUAAGUGAACCGAAGAGGUCAUGGGUUUACAUCAGAAUGACCGGAUAUUAAUUUGUGUCACAUACUCAAUUGUCAGUUGUGGGGGAGGGUGGUGGUCAUGUUUUUGGGGUUAUAUGAGAUAUGUGUUACUUCAUGUAUAGAUAAAGAUGCUGGAGACAUGGUGCUAGGCUACAAUGUCCAGCUUCUUUUCUAGGAUACCUAAACUCUUUUUUAAAAGAAAAAAGAA